AGGACGACGAGCGGCCUGAGGUCGACAAUGAGGCGCCGGAGAUCGCUGAGGUGGUGGUCCAGCAGCAGGCCCAGCAGCAGCAGGGCGAGCAGCAGCAGGACCAGCAGGACCAAGAGGAGCAGGCGCCAGAGGCCGUUGGAUGGGCUCCGGGAGUGGUCAUAGCGAGGGUGCGCGCAUCAUCAGUGUGUCCAUACGUACACACACUUAUUGUGGCUUCCUGCUGUGUUGUGUCAGCGCGUCAUGAAGAAGACAAUUGGCUACAGAGUGGUGGUUCGUGAGCGACACACAUGAGUGGAUGGAUGGACUGAUCUGUGUCCGCAUCUCGCGCUUUCUGUUUGUCUCUGUGUGCCUGGUGUGUCAGGCGGUCGUGCCCUCGCCCAGUCGCCCGCCCACCAUCCUGAGACACAGCUGGCUGACGCAGCCGGUGGGUGAAUGGAUGGCCGUCAGGGAGGAGGUCUUCAUGAGGGAUCUCCCUGGUCCGUUGUGUGUUGUCAGUCGCUGCCGCUGCCCACCUUGACGCCGCCGGUCGCUCACCACCGCCGUGAGAUGCACUCACCGUAGACAUAUACACAUACGAGUGCGGCGAAUAAGGCGGACAGACACUUAAUUGUGUGUUGACUGACCUUUGCUGUUGACCGACCGUGUGCAGGGACAAGCGUCAAGGCCGCCUGCUGCCGCUGAUCACUCGCUCACUCCACCGAUCCCGCCCUCACUCACUCACUGCCUGCCUGCCUGCCUGACUCACUGUGUGGUCAGCACCUGCCUGCGGUUUCUCGGUGUCUCUCAGUCUGCCGCUCUCUCCCUCCCUGUGACGCGUGUGCGGGUGAUGCAUGGUGGGUGAUGCUUGGUGUGGUUGGGGAAAUUGGGUCAAGGCCAUGGAGAGGGCGCACACACACACACACACAAACACACUCACACGCAUUGGGCUGGUCGAGUGGAUGGGUAAGUGGGUGGAUCCAGAUUUGGCUCGUGAGAUGCGUGCUCUUGGUGAAUGUGGUGCGAUUGGACGACGACUGGCCGCCUCGAUUGACUCCUUCCUCUCGGCUGGCUGGCUGCCUGCCUGCCUCGGUGGCUGGUCGAUUGGUUCAUCCAUCCAUCCAUCCAUUCAUCCGUUCUUCCCUUCCUUCAUCUGUUCAUCUUUUGGCCUUUUGUGUCUCUAUGACACAAAAGCAAUCACACAGGCCAGUCAGGACGAAUCAAUGAAGGACAGGAAGGGUGGUGCGUGCAAAGUGUGGACACCGAAGGGGCCGAGGGGAAAGCAGGGGAGAGUGCGUGUGGUGUGCCGUGUGUGCGGGUAUGUGUGUAUGGAUCGAUGCUGCGUCGAGAUUUGGAGCCUAUGCCUCACCCACCCACCCACCCACUGCUUCCGAGCUUCCGAGCCCAUACCCACCAUUUUGCUGCCCGUCUGUCUCUCUGUCUGUCUGCCUGCCCAACGAACGAACAAAGAGUCUGCCUGCUGCAUGCUGAUGAGUGGCUGACGUGGGCCACACUCACACACACACACGCAUUGGGCUGGUCUAGUGGAUGGGUAAGUGGAUGCAGAUUUGGCUCGUGAGAUGAACACAUACAGACAAACGUACGUCUUCUCUUUCCCAUGGAUGGACAGGCGAAUCGCUGGGGCGAGCAUCUGUCUGUGAGUGGUUGAUUGCUUUGGCUAUGGCGGGGCUGAGUGAGUGCAGUUUUGGCUGACAGGGAGGGAGUAGGUACUGUUUCUGCUGCUGCACACAGACAGAGAGCGAAAGGGACGGUCUCUUUUUCCCUGCUGCAACUAACCGACAGGUUCGUGUGGUGUGGGCAUGCCCGUCGGGUGUGGGCGUCCGUCUGGCUGGAUUUGCUCGUGCAUUUGGACCCGAGUGUGGCAUACCUUUGCUAAUCGGACUGGUCAAUUCGGGCUGGGCGUUAGUAGACAGGGAAAGGGGAUGUGAGCAAGACAAGCCACGCAAAGAAGUGGGUGGUGAGUGAGUGGGUAGUGAGUGAGUGAGUGGGCAUCGAUACGUUCGUGAGUGAUCAAUUGGGUGGGUAAGUGCUUCGUGAGAUGAACCACAGACAGACAAGCCAAGGGGUCUUGCAUGACAUCUAUGUGGACACGCCUUUGUGUGCGGCGGGGGCGGGCGUCUAUUUUCUGGCUGGACGAGUUGGUCGACUGCUUUGGUUUGAGAGGGAAUAGGGAAAGGGCCGCCGGCUCCAUGUCUCGAUUGGCGUGGACAUUCAUUGGUUGGAGGGGCCUGCAGGUCGAUACAAGACAGAUUUGGCUGAGGGAGAGGGAAAGGGGAGCUGUCAUGUGUGUGGAUGGAUGAACCAGACAUAGACGGGGGGACAGCACGGCCUCUUUUUGCCGUGCGUGUUCACGUCUCUUCUUGCCGUCCGUUUGUGGUUGGCGGCGGUCACCUCUUGGCGGCUGGAUGGGUCGAUAGCCGCGGGCGUGGCGGGUGUCCCACUUGCCGGUUUCUCGGUGUCUGUCAGUCUGCCGGCCCCUCCCUCCUUGAUUUUUCGCAGUGUGCCGUGGGGGGCGUGUCGAGUGGACGGAUGGGAUGGAUGGCAUGGGAGCCAUGCCAUGAGGCUUGUGGAUGGAUGACGAUGAUCGUACGAGUGUGUUCUCCUGGCUGGAUGCUAAGACUGUCGGUGCCUGGAUGGAUGGAUGUGUUAGUUGAUGUGAUCGCUCGGCCUUUUGCUUUGUUUUGUGUGUGCUGUUGAUGUGUGAUGUCAUCGAUCAAUGGAAUGGUGAAUAUAUAUGGCUGGCUGACUAUCGGGGAGAGAGGGGCAUAAGUUAUCCGUCCACCCACCACACAUCAUGCAGUCACCACCACCCCAGCCACCAUCACCCCGUUACUCACUUCCUAAUCCCUACUGACUCGUCUCCCCCAAUUCGUACGUACGUCCAUCGAAUGCUAUCUAUCUCAUGGCUGACUGGAUCGGGUCAUGACAUCUAUAUAUUCUUGAUGGAGGGAGGGAGGGAGGGAGGGAUGGGCAGGCAGCAUAACGAGGUGGCGUGGCGUGGUGUGGUCUGUUGGUUGGUCUUUCGUCACUCAUGCAACGCACAUACAUCCACACGACAGACACACGUGUCAGUCAGUCAGGAGUAGUGCACUGCACUCCACUCCAUACUGACGUACGUACGUAUCUAUGUGUGCGUAGGUAAGUUCGUGUGUGUACUCCACGGAUGGACGCACGUCUCUAUCGAAGGAGUGAAGGAGUGAGUGAGGUGUCCACUCCAGUCCACACCACACCACAUCUCGCUCUCUCUACCCCUCUAUCUCUACCUAUAUCUCGGCUGCAUGGCCGCAAGAUUGCUGUGGGAUGGAUGCCUUGAUUCUUGAUUCUCGUGACUGCCAAACGGACCUUUGGGCUGUCUGUCUCGGCCGCCCCAGCCAGCGCAGACCUGGACACACCACACCACACCGUCACUGUGUGAGUUGGUUGGCCUGUGUGCGGGGCGGGGGGCGACUGAGAUGACUUUUCUUGUUGCACAAGCGUGACUCGCGUGAGAGAUUGCUACUCUGGACACACACAUACACACACGUACUCAAAGCUUUGAGUGCCUGGACGGAUGGCGGGACUGACGGACGGGAGGGGCGAUUGGUGUGUUGUCUGUCUGGCUGGUUUGUGCACAUGCACACAUACAUACGUGCGUCGCUCGGGUUUUCUCUCUGUCUGUCCCUACUUUUCUACCACCCCCACCCCCAUCCAUCACACACAGCUAUAGAUGUGUCCCACGUGUGGCUGAGGAUGGGCCAAAGUUAGGCCGGCUGUCAGUGAGUGCGAUCUGGUCACGAUUGAUGCACACAUCCAUCAUCCAUCCACCUAUGCCUGGCGGGAGACAGGACAGGGUGUUGUUGGUCAUCUUUUGGGGCCACACAAUGGAUGCCGUGCAGUCGACGUGCGUGACUGAUUGAUGGAUGAAUGGAGUAUGUAUACGUAUGCUGGGUGCACAGACAAUCACAAGAGAGAGCCUUGCUUGGACCACUCUGAUGACGGCUGCUUGGCUGGCUACACAUACGCGCGUAUGUGUGGGUGUGGCCUGCGUGUGUGUG